AUGGCCGAUAUGAGCGGCGAACAGAUGCAAGCCAAAAUCACCGCGGCCCGGCGCGAAGCUGAACAGCUCAAAGACAAGAUAAAGCGCAGAAAGGAUGAAUUGGCAGACACCUCCCUCCGUCAAGUUGCACAAAACCAGACCGAGGCUUUGCCCCGGAUCGGGAUGAAGCCACGCCGGACACUCAAGGGCCAUCUGGCCAAGAUUUACGCCAUGCACUGGUCGACUGACCGCCGUCACCUCGUUUCCGCCUCGCAAGAUGGAAAGCUCAUUAUCUGGGACGCCUACACCACCAACAAAGUUCACGCGAUCCCAUUGCGGUCGUCGUGGGUGAUGACUUGCGCCUACGCCCCUAGUGGAAACUAUGUCGCCUGUGGCGGUUUGGAUAACAUUUGCUCGAUCUACAACCUGUCGUCCCGCGAGGGGCCGACCCGUGUCGCGCGCGAGCUGUCUGGCCACUCGGGUUACCUGUCCUGCUGCCGUUUCAUCAACGAUCGCCGUAUCCUUACCUCUUCCGGUGACAUGACCUGUAUGCUGUGGGAUAUCGAGACCGGCUCGAAGGUGACCGAGUUCGCCGACCACCUGGGCGACGUCAUGUCCAUCAGCAUCAACCCGACCAACCAGAACGUCUUCGUCUCGGGCGCCUGUGAUGCUUUCGCCAAACUGUGGGAUGUCCGGACUGGUAAGGCCGUCCAGACUUUUGCUGGACACGAGUCCGACAUCAACGCCAUCCAAUUCUUCCCCGACGGGAACGCUUUUGGUACUGGUUCCGAUGACACCACCUGCCGUCUCUUCGAUAUCCGUGCCGACCGCGAACUCAACACUUACCAGAGCGACCAAGUUCUGUGCGGUAUUACAUCUGUUGCUUUCUCCGUUUCUGGACGGUUACUCUUUGCGGGUUACGAUGACUUUGAGUGCAAGGUCUGGGAUGUCCUACGGGGUGAAAAGGUUGGCUCUCUCAGCGGCCACGAGAACCGUGUCAGCUGUCUUGGUGUUAGCAACGACGGCAUCAGUUUGUGUACUGGAUCUUGGGAUUCUCUGCUCAAGGUCUGGGCCUGGUAA